AUGGCUGCCUUGCGGCAGAAAACGAACUUGAAAAAGUUUGGUUCUCCUUGCUACACACUGGUAACUCAGGUCUCAUAUUAUCAAGUGAACGAGUGUAUCUGUCAUGGUUGGUGGGGAUGUACAAUGUGGAGAUCAUGUACAAGAAGUAGCUAUUACAGAGCGAGACGGUGUUGUCCUGGGUAUCAGUCCGAUUGUACCACACCGAUUUGUCAUUGUCAACACGGCGGUACUUGUGUAGCACCUGGUGUGUGUCGAUGUCCGACUGGUUAUUCGGGAAACAAUUGUGAAAGGCCGAUAUGUUUUCCACCAUGUCAACAUGGAAGAUGCUACCGACCUCAGCAGUGCUCUUGUUAUCCUGGAUACUCGGGAAAUCGAUGUCAAAUACCAAUAUGCAGUCCAAAAUGUCAACACGGAGGAUCUUGUGUGAGCCCAAACACCUGUUCUUGUCUUAAUGGUUACUCAGGACACAACUGCAACAUUCCAAUUUGCCGUCCAGUCUGUAGAAAUGGAGGUACUUGUGAUGGAAACCGUAUAUGUCGGUGUACGCCUCAAUACACCGGAUCGACAUGCACUAUACCGGUAUGUCAACCAAUUUGUCGGAAUGGAGGAACAUGCAUAGCACCAAAUUAUUGUGCAUGUGACAAAACUUACACUGGUCCAACAUGUGCCACACCAUUGUGUUCCCAUCAUUCCCCAUGCUUUCCGGGACGUUGCUCUGAUUCCAUUCAUUGUCAGUGUAGCUCAGGAUUUUCUGGAUUGAAUGGACUUGAUCGCUGCAAAAAAAUGACAUCUGCUGUGCAACCUUCAAUAACACAAUGCACAUCAUUCUUAGCGUUCAUAGAAAGAACAGGAAGGAAAAGAGAAAUGUAUAGGUUUAUGACAGACUCGUCCGAACCAAAUUCAACAAAAAUUGACACCAUGUGGAUAAACCAAAAUCGCUAUAACUACAUUAAUGUACGCUUUUCGGCUAUUUUUACUCCACCAGAAAAUAUCAUGGUUCCUGAUUAUGUCCAGGAAUUCAAGUUUGGUAUUGUAUCUGGACAAAUACAGCUGAAUUUAGCGAAAGUUGAUAGGAACGAUGCAACAAAACAUUUUACAAGCAUAAAUAAGACAACGCUGAAUUGUCCGUACAACCCUGGGUCGCUUAAUCCAAAUGGUGGAGUGUACUGGUGCAACUUCACCAACGAAAACUUUGACCGAAUCCUAGAACAUGGAGAUAAUUUAACGAUCUCUGUAAUUGUUACAAAUGGAGGAUACAGAAAGCUAAAGAGACAGUCGACUACAUAUACGGAUACGUUCAUUGGACAAAAGUCAACAAAGGCAACAAGAUUCAGAUUUGACUUUGUCAGCCCUCGUCAUUGUGCUAUUAAUAACAAUUGCUCGUCAAGACCAUUCAGUGUUUCAGAAGACAUUACGAAGAAUCCUUUAUAUUUCACAUGGGAUGGAUGGACUGAUGAGAUGUCAGGAAUUCACGGCUUUUCCAUUCAGGAAUAUCUGUUAAAACCUGAUCAGAGAUUACAGCCAAAUUUAACAGAACCAGACCCUUGGAAAGCCAGAAAUAUAUUUAAACUGGAUAAGAACACACGAUCUUUUACACGUACUCCAUCUGAGCCAGGCAUGUAUUCCUAUAUUUUGAAUGUCAUGGACUCCGCCAAUAACACCGAAUUUGCGAGAAGCCUUGUUUUGUAUGACCCAUUGUCAGAAGUGACUUUGUCUACCAUUAACAACAUAUCGAACUUUAAAGUCACGAGUGGAGUAACAGAGACUAACUUCACUUGGCAAGACAAUCUAAUAAAAAAUGUGGAAGUGACAUGGAAGAAUCAUUUCAGAAACAGCUUUCUCGAAGACAAUAAACUUUUACUUCCAGUGAGCCCAUAUAAAAAUUAUGAUUUUUAUACUCAGAAAAGUAAACUUGUCUUAAAUAAACUAGAUGACUAUGAUGGAAACAGAACAUUAAAAGGAAUACAAAAUGUGCAUGGCAUCGUAAGAUUCGAUUAUGCGUUUAGAAAUGCCGAUCAAGGCAACAGUAAUCCCACUCACUGGAAUAUCGUCGACAACAUGUUCUCCGAGACUCAGACCGUAAACUUCAGCAGAAGAGAUGGUGACGGAAUAUAUUUCUGGGUUAAAGCAACUGAUGCAUUGGGAAACACUAAAAGUGACAUGACUCAAAUUUAUUUUGAUUCCACUCCACCAAGGGAACUGACUGAAGCUAGUGUUUUGUUUAUGCCAAAUACCAACGUAACUACUUAUCACUUUUCAAGUCGCUUGCAUGUCAUAACUAGUGACGAAGACAGUGGAAUCUAUAGAAUAAACUGGAAACUAAUUUCAAACAACAGUGGAAUAGUUUUUAAGUCAGGAUAUAUAGAAGGAAAUCAAACAAAGUUUGAUCCUGGAAUCAGGGAAGGAUACAGAAUUCCCAAGGGAGACAUCUAUUACUACAGUCAUUUCCUAGAUAUAGAUAACUGUUGGAUGGUAGUAGCGAAAGAAAACUAUAUAACAGAAUAUGUGAUGCUUGAAUUGACUGUGUACAAUAUGGCAAUGAAAUCCACUGUGUACAACCAUACUAUUUCUGACUUGCCUUCACUGAAUGGAAUGGAUCAAUAUUCAGGUCCCAUGAAUUUACAUGUAGCAGCAACUUAUGACAAUGGAGUGCGCUUAAAAUGGACCGUUGCACCAAGUUGCUACAGCAAAACCAAUAUUGUUGUAAAAUACCGUUCAUCCGAUGGUCGAACGUUUACUAAAUAUAUUAACACAAAAGCGGAUUGGUUCGAUCUUACUGGUUUGAAUUCAGAGACCAGCUACAACCUCUCAUUUGUCACGGAAUAUGGAGAUGAAACAAGCGAUCCAAUAUUUUUAUCUUUUAAAACAAAAGAAUCGCCCACUGCUCUUACUGGAGGGGCAGUUGCUGGAAUAUCUAUCGUCUUUCUCCUUUUGAUCGGCGGGGUAAUCUUUAUGGUGGUUCUAUGGCGCAUGGGGCGAUUAUCUUUAGUUAGAAAUGAAAUACAACGCCGGGUAACAGUUGUUCGAACAAGAAUUAACAAUCGUUUUUCCAAUGCACAUGAAAAUCCAACAUACGAUGAUGACAUUUACAUUUAUGGUCAUAUGGAAUUCAAUGAGUCGGAUAGUUGGAUUUUACCAGCUUCGUCAAUUGUUUUUGAAUCUCUAAUAACAACAGGUCGAUUUGCUGAUAUAUACAGAGCUAUGUACAGGCCCAAAGGAAAUCGAGAGGAAAGAGGAAUUGUCGUGGCGAAAACGUUAAAAAGUGGUUACUCGGAAGAAAACGCUCUAAUGAUGAGGGCAAAAAUAAAUUUCUUUGGGAAAGAAGUUGGAGAACAUCAAAAUAUCCUCCUUUUCAUUGGGGCCGUGGUGGACAAUAGAGCAAUUGGACCAUACAUGAUACUUGAAUUCUGUGAAAAAGGACAACUUAGAGAUUGGUUAUUGCAGCAAAAGAAUGCUACAACUGAGGAUACGGUUGAACAAUUGUACCGUAUUACAUAUGGUAUAUCCAAAGGAAUGUGUUACCUUGAAACAAAACAGAUUGUACAUAAGAAACUCGCAGCAAGAAACGUAUUGCUCACCGAUGAACUAGAGCCCAAGAUUUAUGGCUUUGGUCCAGAACCCCUGCAGAAAGAGGACAAUGAUGCAGAUGGGGACAUAAAAUCUGAUGAAAAGGAACGCAUUCCAAUAAAGUGGACAGCACCAGAAUGUCUGACUUCAAUGAAAAACUCGACAACUAAAAGUGAUGUAUGGUCCUUUGGUAUUGUGGUUUGGGAGAUAUUCAGCCUUGGGGAUAGUCCAUAUCCAGGAAUGCGAAGUCGACAGAUUCAAGAGGAAGUAAAAAAUGGUCAUAGAAUGAAAAAACCCGAAUUUGCCAAUGACUUCUACUGCAAACUAAUGAUACGAUGCUGGCAAGCCAAACCUAAACAGAGACCAACAUUCAAAGAAAUUAUGGGAGACAUAGGGCAAACAUUUGGAUCCGCACCAUCAGAUGAAUGUUACUAUUACUCUGAAAAAUAA